AUGGUGCCCGGAGAGUGCGAAGAGCUGCUGGGCGCCCUGAGCCGCGCCACGGCCCGCCACCGGCUUGCGGUGCUCGGCCUCGGGGGCAUCGCCGACUGCGGCGCCCUGCGGGUCGGGCUGCGGAGGGCCCGCCGCCUUGCCCACCGGCUGGCCCUGGCCAGCUGCUCCCGGCUGGCCGCCGGCCUCCAGGCCCGGCCCCGCGGCCCCGACGAGCGGGCCCGGCUGCAGCGGCUCUGGCUCAUCCUGGACUCCCUUCUGGAGGGCCUGGCGAUGGACAUGCGGCGGACCCUGGCCCUGGCGCGGGCCUUCCCCCUGGCCCAGCCCGACGUGCGGGAGCUGCAGCGGGCCAUCCAGCAGCUGGGACAGGCGAUGCGGGAGCUGGAGCAGAAAGUCAGCGUCUCCCCCUGGACCGUGGAAGCCGCCCAGCCCCCGGGCGCCGAGCUGCGGGCCGCCCUGAGCGCCAGCGACUCCUCCUUGGCCCCCCCGUCGGUGGGCGAGGAGGGCCGGUCCUUCUGCCACAACGGCGGCCUGAGGUUGGGGGUCGUCUUCGGCGCCCUCCUCGGGGUCGCCAUCGUCCUGGCCGUCUGCCUGGGCCAGCUGGCCUGACCCGGCCGACCGACGGGCUGGACCCCGGAGGCUGGCGGAGGAGGGCCGUCGGAGAGGGGCCGGUGCUGG